AUGCCGUUCAACCUCUCCGCCACCGUCAGCGUCCUCCGCUGCCUAAAAAACCCCGCACUGCUAUACCCGCAAUGCACGAUCGCCACAUUCGACCAGCUGCCGUACCCGCUGUCCUCCGCAUUCCCCGGUAAACCCGAUAUCCGCGCCGUCGUGCUGGACAAGGACAACUGCUUCGCGACGCCGUACUCGCUGGAGGUGUAUCCAGCCUACACAAAAACCUUUACUCGCCUCCGCGCCGAGUUCCCGGGCGACCGGCUCCUGAUCGUGUCUAACUCGUCGGGCACAUCCGACGACGCCUCGCACGCGGAGGCGGCACAUCUCGAGAGCGCCUUAGGCGUGCGAGUCCUACGGCACAGUACGAAGAAGCCCGGAUGCCACGGCGAGAUCCUAGAGUUUUUCCGGACGUCGCCCGACGGCAUCGGGAUCACCCGCGCGGACCAGAUUGCCGUCGUCGGUGAUCGUCUGUGCACCGACGUGCUCAUGGCGAAUCUCAUGGGCAGCUAUGCUGUGUGGGUGAGGGAUGGCGUUAGGCCCGCGAGGGAGAAAUUCUACGGAAAGGUCGAGAGUCGGAUUAUGCAAAUGCUCAAGCGGAGGGGGUGGGCGGCGCCGACGCCCUCGUCCAGUCCUUUGUGA